GCGCGGCGUCUCUCAGCCAAUCAGAGGAUUGUUUUUCUGUCACGUCGGUGCACGGAUAGUAAGCUAACGGAUAUCGCAAACAUAAACUAAUAUAAAGAGCACGGGUUGGUUUUAAAGGCGGUGCUGCAGGAAACAGGUUUGUUAUUUGGAGCAAGUUCUUCUUGUCGGACUCUUAUUGGUGAAAUGUGGUGCGGCCAUCAGUGAGAGGACGCGAUAAUCGGCUAACGCUAGCUAGCUAAACGUUAGCAUCAGCCUGCUAAUUUAAGGUCCCGCAAGGCCGCGGAGAAACACGAGAGAGCUGCUUCCUGUUUUCGCUCCUUUGAGGAUGUAGGUUACGUUACGACCCGAGUUACACAACACAGCGGUGACCCAGGCGGUGUGAUCGAUUGCGUUUUAGUUUGUUUUUUAGUUGUGCUUUGCGCGCUACCUAGCUUGUUAGCUCUUUGGCUAGCUAGCGAGCAUGAGUGAACUGACGGGCUGCAAGCAGUCCGCCGACUCUGCAUCCAGGAAACGGUGUCCAUCCCCCGGCCACGAUGAAGGCAGCACCAUCCCCAGCAAGUCCACGAAGGUGACUGAUGCAUCAGAUGAAGGGGGGGUGACUGUGGAAAGUUGCAGGAACAGUGAAGCUGAGAGUAAAGAGAUAGCCGGGAGAGAGGGCCAAUCAGAAGAGAGUGAGGGGAAACCAGCAGACCAGGGUUCAGACAGGACGGGUGGCACCAGUGCACUGCCUGUUAACAACUCCAGUGUUGAUGGUCACGAUGCCAGCCACGCAGAGAAGCCACAGUCCUCACAUGCACAUGGAUCAGCUGAUGCAAAGGAAGAUACAGCCAAGACUGCAGCAGCAGCAGCAGCAGCAAAGCAGCGUCCCUCAGCCUCCCUGGACCAGACCGACUCAGCAGCCAUCGCAGCUGCUGAAGCACUUGCCAGUCUCACUGGAAGAGACGGGGAAGGCAGCCAAGAGACUCCUUGUUCAUCUGAAAAGGCUAAACAGGUGAAACAGGGGAGCAAAUUCAAACAACGUGGGAGCCACCACUCCUCAAGAACGGGCUCCAAAACGCAGGCGGCUGCUGCAGACAGCUCCACGUCUGUGCACAGCACUGACAGAGAAGAUGCAGAUGCAGAUGAGAUGCCAGAAGCGGAUGAAGGAGAUGAAUCUAUGUCUGGGUCUUCCUCCACUCCGAGCUCCUCUUUCCCUUCAGACAAUGAGGACAAUGACGACGGGGAGUGUGCCAUUGUGUCGGUGAAGAUGGCCCCGGAGAUGAGGCAGUCGGUGGCUCUCCUGGCACAGGUACAGAUGAGACUGGAGGCUCUGGAGAAGAAAAGCGCCCGGCUCCACCAGCGGCUGGAGCUGAAGAUCAGUCGUCAGCGGCGUCCACAUCUGGAUCAGCGCAGCUCCAUCACAAAAACGAUCCCCGGCUUCUGGGUGACAGCUCUGUUGAACCAUCCUCAUCUCUCGGCUCACAUCGACGAGACCGAUGAAGAUGCUCUUAGUUACAUGACUGAUCUUGAGAUUGAGUCCUUCAAGAAUAAUAAACUUGGCUACAGGAUCCGCUUCCACUUUAGACGGAACCCGUAUUUCCAGAACAACAUCAUCAUGAAGGAGCUGCAUCUCGGGAUGGGAGGAUCUCCCAUGUCAUUCUCCAACCCCAUCCUGUGGCAGCGUGGACAGAACCUGACGGCCCAAAGCGAACCCAGGAAGUCGUCGCGCGGCGUCUACCAGACCUUUUUCAGCUGGUUCAGUGACCAUAGCAACCCAGGACAAGAUGAUGUAGCACAGAUACUUAAGGACGACCUGUACAGAGACCCUCUGCGAUACUACCUCACUCCACUGUGGGAGCCGAGGGAGAACGGCAGUGGUGGCAGCGGGGCCAGAGCAGCUGACAACGGUAACGGAGAUGACUGUGUGGUGAUCUCCGACUCAGACGAUGAGCCCGGUGAGGAAGCUGGCGAGGCUGAACAGGGCCGCAGUAGGGAGGAGGAAGAAGAGGACGAAGAGGAGGAGGAGGAGGAGGAAGAAGAAGAAGAAGAGGAAGAGGAGGAGGAGGAGGAGAGGGGACAAAGUGCCGAUGAGAGUCCAGAGGAGGAGGAUGAUGGUGGAGAAAUUGUGAUUGACGGCUCUGAUGACAGUGAGCAGGAGGAGGACGAGGCCUGAAGAGACGUGAAGAAGAAGAAGAGGAGGUUUAUGGCGUUGAAGAAGGCAGGUCAUCACGGGACCAGAGACCAGAGGAAGAUGAAGAGGUUGCCGAAGUUGACGAACAGUACUAGAGCAAUGUCAUUUUUAUGCACAGAAUAUCAGUUUUUGGUUCUUUUAUACCUAAAAAUACAUAGGAGCAUUUUAAAAUCAGGGUUAACUAUAAUAAUAAAGCCAAGGCAGCAUGGUUUCCCCUCUAUUUUAUACAGUCACCACUGUGUAUUCUGAUUCACUUUUUUGCAAAAAAAACGUUUUUUUCUAAACUGGUUCUUAGGCAUAUUAUGCCAGUAGUGUUAUUCUUUUUAAUAAGGAGCAUCGUGCAACAGCCUGCACACAUGUACGUGAGAUCUUGAUUCCCACUUUUUGUCGGCAUUAAAAUUUUUGCAUUGCAAAUUAUUCAAACAAGUAAUGCAGAAGCCUUCAGUGGCUUCUAGUGGUCAUUUCAAGGCAAAGUUUGGGCUGUUUUUAGAAUUGAUGUGACAAGACAAACGUGUCACAAGAUAAAUUGAUACUGAUGACAGUACUUUUUAGAUGCACCGAGUACUGAACCAAAAUUUGUUCUCAGGGAUGAUCAUGGUAGUAGUUUUAUUGAAAGAACAUUAAUGAUUUCAGCAAUUUAGACUCUCUGGUUAUUGUUGGCUGUGUAUAAGGAAACGUGUACUCUACUGUAGUAAAUAGGAACCAAUAUUGUUUUAAUAUGCUACCUGUGUUUUUUUUCCUUUAUCUCCAUGUUCAGUCGUGUCACGCACCAAACUCCACCCUUGUUAACAAUCUGUAAAGCAUCUAUGAAGUUUAAAAAUCAUGACGUAGUUUGACCAGCGUUUCUGUGGUUUCCUACAUAUUUUGUAACACGCUCCUACAAUAAAUAGCUGAGUUUUGUAUCAUUGUUUUCCCCUUUAGAAUUUAACUUAAUUUGAAUUUCCUUCUUAAAAACAUUUAAGAUUUGUUUUCAUGUAAUGUGUUAUAAGAUUUGUGUUAUCUUCUUUUUAAAAAGAUGGUAUUUAUUAAGUUGUUUUUCUACACAUCCACAUCAUGGCAUGCCUGUGAGCAUGAAAUGUAAGACGGGACGAUUACAUUACUUACAAGGCUUUUUUCUGUGCACAGUGUCGGUAAAUGUCAAUGAAUUCACAGCAACAUCAUGGGGUGCACUGUAACAAAGUAGUAUUUGUAUUUGCUUACUUUUCUUAGCAAUGACCUGUAAAUAGUAUUUCAGCUUUGUCUUUUGGAUAAGACAAGUACACGUGUUUAAUCCAUGGAUAAAUUUAUCAAAUAAUCUGGAGUUUUUUCAUAAAACAUGAUCAGAAAGUUAUAUUUUGUGUGCUGUGUUUUAUAGAACACUGUAGUUUAAAGAUACCUACUUGAUUGUUGCUUUGGUUUAUUUUUGUUUGCUUAAAGAUAAAUGUCCACCUUUUGACUGAGACCUAAUAAAAUAGGUAGUUGUUUCA